GACUCAUGACGUCAUUCCUGGCCGUGGAGUCCUGGAAAAAAACAAAUUCACGAGUCUAACAGAACCUGAUUAACCACACCAACCACCAGCAUGGAAGUAGACAAGCACUUACUAAUGAAAACACGUCUAUUCACUGUGUUAUAGAUAAAGAUCAAAGAGAUACAUAUAGGAUACGUGAAUGUUACAUCAUGACCGAUCAAUCCACCGCCACCACCAGGGCUUCCACCUCCACCGCCUCCACAUCACAGCAGACCACCGACCGCUCCUGGCAGUGCGAAGUGGAACAUUCCAGUCCACCUGAGGCUACGGAGUUCACGCUGGCUAAAACUGAAGCUCAUGGCAAACAGUUACUCCCACUCUCUCUAUACGGAAUGUCAGGGAUCCCCUGAGGUGGUGACGAGGCUGCCAUGAACCGGGACGUCAUCCCCCGCCUGUACCGCGCGGCGCGAAGAUUCAUCGACAAGUGCGAGGCGCCCAACCACCCGCUGCUGUUCGAGCACUGCAUGCUGGGCGCCGUGGUGAUCUGCGGAGAGCUGCUCACCGACGGGGAGUGGCUGGAGGAGCACGCCAUGCACUGCAUCCGCCGCCUGGACCUCGGGGAGCUGACUCCGGACCACCAGGACUGGGCUCGAUGCGAGCUCAACUUUUACUCCACGGCGCUGCAGGACAAGCCGUCCGCGCAUCGCUUCCACCCGUGGCUCUACAACAAGCUGAGGAUGGCUGUGCACGUGUACGCAACGCUGGGCCUCCUGCUGCUCGGCUACGCCGUGUGGCUCACCUUCCAGAACGAGAGGGUGGUGGCUGCGCUGCGGGACUUCCAGGGACGUGUCCACGCGUGGGACAAGGUGACCCGGUGGGGGAAGCGCCUGGGGGUGGCGGAGAUGCUACGGCAUAACACCUCCCUAGGGCUGUACGCCGCGGACGUGGCCAUCACCCUUUACUUCGCCGUGGUGGACUCAAUCCUGAUGGUGAUCGUACUGCUGACUUUUGACCCCUGGACCAUCAAGCUGCAGCUGGGUGAUCGAGACAUUCUGGACCCCAGCGACGUUGCCGUCACCUCCUUCCCCCCCCUGGCCUGGUGUGACGUGAGCCAGGAGACCGGCCGUCUGGAGGGCACCUACAGCUACAACUGUGAGGUGGCCGCCAACAACACCUACGUGCUGCUGGUGGUGUUCCUGGCAGCCGCCCUCACCUCCAUGUGGGUCAAGACCAUGGCGGAGCUGCUCCGCUGCCUGUUGAUGGCCCUCGUGCCGGCCUGGCGCCGCGCCAUGCUGGGCACGCCGUUGGCGCUGCCCACAGGCCGCACCAGGGACAUGUGCCACCUGCGUCGCUACACCACGCUGAGGGGCUUCCGCGUCUCUCUCCGGGAGGAGGUGAGGGAGCGGCAGGGGAAGAAAGUCAUGAAAAAGGAGCUGUGCCCGUAUGUUAACACCUCCUAGAGAGCGCUGUGAACAUGACACCUGAUAAGAAAGGGAAAAGGGAGCGUAGGGAUUUGUUAUUGUAGAGGAAGUUAUGUUAAAUAAUAUGUUUUUAUUUAUUUUUAGUAUUUAAUACAUCUCACGAAAUACGUGUACUACAUUUGGUUUGCUAUAUGUUUUUUAUCUCUUUGUUUUCAAGUAAAUCAACAACAUGAUCUUGGAAUGAGUGAAUGAGUGACAAAUUGCUUUAUGGGUUCAUCACUAUCUUAUUUCAGCAUGUAUUUAUUAAUAAAGGUGUUGAUUGAUUCAGGCUAUAGUACGUCCCUU